AGGAGGCGCUGCCACGUGUCAAACUUCGCGCCGAGCAAGGCUGCUGUCUUGGCCUUUCCAGCCGCCAGACCUGUCGCGAGCUUCCGCUUAUCCCACGCAAGCAAGCAAGCUUGGAACAGGGAUACGUGGAAUGCAGCUAGAAUGAAGCCGUGGCGCGGGACGCUUGAGAGCCCGCCUCGGCAUGGCGUGGCGUGGUGUCGCUGGGAGCUGGAAGAAAGCUGGACUCGACGAAAGCUGGGCCCCGCCGCUCGUCACUCGCAUGCCGACGCGAGUAAAGCUGGAAGCUGGACGGCGAGAAAGCGGCCUCGUUCGCCCCGCAGAUGGGCGCUGGACGCUGGACGCCAGAUUGAGAGACCGACGUCGUCACACCCCCCGAAGUGUGGAGUGCUUCUGCUUGAAAUUCCUGCUUCGGCUCGCUACGUGCAGAGAUGCUGCGGGCUGCCGAGAGCACGCGGCGAUGACGAACUGCGACUGCGACGGGAGGUGCUGGCGGAAGGGGAAGCGGCCGUAGCGAGACCGAUCGCCACGGGAUUGGCAGCCAUAGCGGAGCGGAUCGCGGAAUCGUGACGAGAAAGGGAAAGGCGUCUGCCGCUGCAGCCGAGUCGGUUGAGAAAGAUAAAGGAUCGGUGGGGAGGGGUGGAGGAUUCGUGCAGCGAGGAGCUGCAGCGAGCGAGGGGGGAGAACGAGGCACUGGCGGAUCGAGCCCCGUCGGAAAGGCGAGUGGCGCGCGUGGCGGGAAGGCGCGUGGGGGGUUAAAGCGGGUUUCGGCGGAGAAGGGGCGGAUUCUCGGAGAGGAGGAGCUUCGUCUUGGGGGCGACGAGGCGGAGGCGGAAGGAUCUCGAGGAGGGGGUGCGAGGGAGCCCGGGUUGAGAGGAGGGGCGCGCAGGGGGAGGGGAAGGGGGCGACGAGGGUGGCCGCGUAAGGCGAAGGCGGAAGGCCGGUUAGAGCGGGAAAAGGCCGCAGAGAAGGAGAGCGGAGGUGGCGGGGAGGGGGGUGAAGGCGCGGAGGAGGAAGGAGGCUGCAGGGAGCGGAGUCUGCUGAGCGGGUUGAGGCUGGAAGACUUUCCCCCGGUGGAGCAAGGCGUGCUGGUGGGCGAGAGAGAGGCGGCCAGUGAGACGCUGGAGGAGGAGGAGGAAGGGGAGGGGGAAGAGUGGGCAGGAGGGGGCGAGGAGGGGGAGGAGGUGACGGGGUUGGAGGAAGGGAGUGAGGAGGAAGGAGGGGAGGGCGUGCAGGAGGAGAUCCAGGGGCUGCUGAGAGACGCCUUAGUGGCAGAAGAGGCAGAGGAGAAGCAAGCGGAAGAGGCGCAGCAAGCAGAAUCGCUGUUAGCAGCAGCAGCAGGAGCAGGAGCAGUAGGAGCAGCAGCAAGAGAGGCUUCUGCUGCUGCAGUGACGGGAGAAGGGAUCACUAAGGAGAGACCUGUAAGGCCUCGAGAAGAGAGGGUCGGGUGGGUGGGGGGAAGCACAGGGCGCGUUGGGAAGGGUUUGAAGACAGGCGAGGUGCCCCAGACGUACUCGAGGAGGAGGGCGGGCGGGCAAGGAGGGGCGGAAGAAAAAGAGGGGCAGGCAGGGGAAGGUGAGGAGGGUGGAGCAGAUCAACAGAUGCAAGCUGCAGGCACAGGAGGAUCAAUAGAGCAAGGAGGAGCGGCAGCAGGGCAAGGAGGGGCAGCACCAGGGCAGGGUGGGUCAACAGUGACGGUGGUGACGAAGCGCCCUCGCAGAGAGACGGUGCCGGUGUCAGAGGAGCAGCAGGUGGUGCGAGUCACAGAGGCCACUGUACAGAUGCAAGUGCGGGGAGAGGGAGAAGGGAGGGAAGCUGCAGCUGCAGCUGAGGUUGAGGCAGUGCUUGGCGGCGUUGCUUCCCUUCUGCCUGCGACGGCCCAACCGAUUGCCGAGAUGGCUGGUGGUUCGGAUGCCCCUGCAAAGCAGCCGCAGGAGAAGCAGCAGCAGAAGCAGCAGGAGAAGCAGCCAGUGGCAGGUGCAGGAGCAGAAAAUGGUGGCACGAGGGGGCUGCGCCAACACCUGCAGUGGCGGCAGCAUCUCCAGCAACGAGUGCAGCCCCCAAGACUCCAACUGUGGCCCCCACGGGGAACUUACCUUCCCCAGCUGGAGCGCCAGCAACACCAUCUGCUGCACCUGCUGUGCCCGCUGCUUGGCGACUGGACGACCAGCAGCCGACUGACAUGGGAGGUCAGGCCGGAAGAGAGCAACAGGUGGCUGUGAAGACUGCGGAGGGCCCCAGGGGAGGUGGCGCAGCUACUGGGGUGCAGGGAAUGAAGCGCCCUGCUGCUAUGAUGACCCAGGGAGGCGCUGGAGGGCUGAGUGUUGCCGGGGGUGGGACCUCUGUAGGGCUAGGUUUUCCUGGUGGGUCUGUGGGGCUUGGUGCGCCUGGUGUUGGCGGAACCAGUGUGGGGUUGGGCGGCAUGGUGUCAGCGAUGGACGGGCGCAUGGUGGAGAUGGCGGUGCGGCACGCCAUGGCGGCACGCGUGGAGGGGCAGAGGAGGGCAGUGGAGGAGAGGAGGAGGGCGGUGAGGCAGAUGCGGCUGCAGGAGGAUCGGAGGAGCAGCGAGGCCACAAGGCUGCAGGCCGAGAGGGAUGCUCACUUAAGGGAGAUGGAUGACACACUGCAGGAGCUGGUUGCGAGGGCCGAGGGUCUCGAGAGGGCAGCCAAGGAAGCACGGCGGGUGGCAGACAGAGCUGUGCAGGACAAGGCAGCACAGGAGGCGGCGAUCAGAGAGAGAUACCAGGCGCUCCUAUCAGACGACAAGGAGUGGGAGGCACUUGCAGAGGCGCAACGUGAGUUCGAAGCUCAACAGGCGGAGCUGCAGGAGCUUGAAGCAAAUCAGUCAGCUCUGGUUGAAGCCCUCACGGCUAAGUUCUGGGGCGAUGUGAAGAGACAGUUGUAUGGCCGCGAUGAUUGAAGCUGCUGCUAAGGCGGUACCAUGAUUUAAAACAGCUGAGGCGGUGCAGUCGAAAACAAGGUUCUGGGGAAACUGUUAACGUAGAAACGAAUGAUUACUAGAGGUGGAAACCUAGAACAAAUACUAGUUGGUUGUACUCACUAGAAGCAUACCUCAAAGACCUUUUGACAGGGAUGAUUGAAGCUGCUGCUGGUUGGCGCGUGGAGUCUUAGGGGGCAUCUGAUGGCAUUCUGCAAUAUCAUUGCUGUGACGGUGCUAGUGGUUUGUACAAUGUGUAAAUACUACAUGCUGCCAUGUUCAGUUUGGUUUGGGGUGGUCGAGGGCGAAGUCCUACGAAGUAAGAUCAGAAUAAAAACGCGAAAUCCAU